UCCACGAACUUCUCUUGGCAAAAAUACUUCUCGUCUAACUUAAUUCACAAACCGCAAAAAUAAUGGCACUAGUCCGAAAACCUACUGCCUCGUCCUCUUCUGGUCCUCACGAUGGUAUCAAUCCAGGGAAGAUCAAAGUGCAGAUGAUUCGUAUAUGGAAGGGUGAUAAGAAAAAAUCAGGCAACUCGGUCGAUAUGGUUGUACUUGAUUCAUCGGGGACAAGUAUUCAUGCAACUAUAGGCAAGGCUUAUUCAAAAUGGAUUCAGGAUAUUGGUGGUGAAACGAUCAACGCUUCAAAAAGAGAAGAUAUUGGAAUUGAUGUUCUUGAAGAUUUGAUGAUAUCUGACUGCAAGGAUCCUAUCAAAACUAUAGUGAAGAAAGUUUAUGGAGAAUCUUUUCCAGAGUCCUACAAUCCUGGUUUUUUUCAAGGGAAAGCUAUUUUGUGUUCUACAGAUGAAGAUGUGGAUCAGAUUAAUGAUUAUAUGCUUUCACAAUUAUCAGGUGAAGAAAAGGUGUGUCUCAGCGCUGACAGUAUCUCUCCAUCGCAUUCACACCCAAGUGAUUACAUGAGAUACCCUCCAGAAUACUUGAAUAGCAUCAAAGUUCUUGGAUUACCUAACCAUUGUUUGAGAUUAAAGGUUGGUGUUCCUGUCAUCUUACUUAAGGACAUAUCAGGACUAUGUAACGGAACAAGACUUCAGAUUACACGACUGGGUGGCUUUGUGCUUGGGGCUAGAAUUUUAUCAGGUGCUAGGGUUGGGGAGGAAAUCAUUAUCCCUAGGAUACCUGCAUAUCCAACAGACGAAAAUUUUCCCAUCAAAAUGCAGCGUAAGCAGUUUCCUUUCGCAGUUUCGUUUGCAAUGACUAUAAACAAAAAUGAAGGUCAGCCACUUUCCAAGAUUGGUAUCUAUCAACCAAUGCAAGUGCUCUCUCAUGGACCGAUGUAUGUUGCUGUAUCCGGGAAGACUAGAGAUGGUCUGAAAGUUCUUGUUACAAAUAAAGAUGGGAAACCUAAUGAAGAAACCGCAGAAGUUGUGUUCAAGGAGGUAGUUGUUUCAGAACAUUGAGUCAACUGGUGUUAAGUUGUUUUUUACUAUUAUCUAUUUCAUGGUGCAAACUGGUUGUUUUUAAGUCAUUUUGAUUUUCAUGGUUUUUUCUGAGAAUUUGACUGUU